GAAGACCGUGACAUCGCUAUAUUUGUUCAAGUCCAUCUUCCUGAAUUUGUGGAUUUUGGACAUGACAUCAGGGGCUUUAUUCAUAAUCUUGGGUGGGAUUCUCUUCUGGUUGAUCCACCUUCUCUUGUUUGCCCUGAACUUGUCCGGUUCUUCUUCUGCAACCUCCGUUCGUAUGGUCUUAGCUCUAGGUGUUUUCUAUCGUCAUGUUCGGUCAUCUUGUUACCAUUCCUGUUGCUGAUCUUGGACAAAUCUUAGAGCUCCCCUCUGUUGGAGAAUCUCUUGCUCAUGCCUCCGAGCUCUGGCUGUUCAACUUCAAUGUGUCUGAGGAGUUCGUCCAACUGACUGGCCUUCAUCCUGGCCCUGAUCUCUCUUUGCCAGUCAAUCAGGAGUAUCCCACCUUCCUUAUGUUGACCG